AUGUCGAAAAAGGCAGGUCCUACAAGCGACGAGCUGCUGGCCCAGUUCGACGACCUCAGCACGCAAGCCACCGCCCGGCCAGCGAAACCCCCCAAGCCCCGUGGAGGCGGGCCUGCAAAGUCUUCACAAACCGAGAACGAUCUUCUCAAAGACCUUGGCGACCUCGCCAAGCCGUCGAGUAGACCGGGCACACCCUCACUCAAGCCCAACGCAGCGUCAGGUGCAAGUCGAUCGCCGGUGCGCACCUCAACAGCCACCCCUCCUCCGGGACGCACGAGCGAAGACAAGGCUGCUGCGCGCAAGUCGGGGGAUAGCGCGAGGUCGACACAGCCGGCGUAUACGCCCGCGACGACUACGACCGAGGAGUCACCUGAGCCCGAGCCGGCGCCUGCCAAGUCGGGAGGGGGCUGGUGGGGAGGUAUCCUCUCAACGGCGACGGCGGCGGUCAGUCAAGCACAGAAAGCGGUGCAGGACAUACAGAAAAACGAGGAUGCACAGAAGUACCUGGAGCAGGUCAAGGGAAAUGUUGGUGUGAUUCGUGGAUUCGGUGGUGAUCUCAGGUCGAUUGCGAUGCCAACUUUCCAGAACAUCCUUCAAACCAUCGCUCCGCCCAUCUCGCAGCACGAACGAUUGCAAAUUCACAUUACGCACGACCUGACCAACUAUCCGACCCUCGAUCCCCUCAUCUACCAAGUCUUCUCUCGUGUCAUGUCGCAGGUGGAAGGCGGCGACUUGAUGGUUGUGCAGAAAGGCCAAGAAGCGACCGCCAGACGCGGGUCCUCAGAGCGGCCAAAAGAUUUCGGAUCAUGGCAUGAUGGGCCGUGGUGGCGCAGCGGAGAGCAGAGGAGCAUCAGCGCUGUAAAGGGCGUUGUGGAGGGCAGCAAGCUCGCGCGCGCCUCCGCUGAAUCCUAUGCCGCUGAGCACAUGGCCGGUCGAGGAGGUGUGGAAGAGGUGGCCAAGAAGGCGGCUGAGACACUCAGCACGAGCAACCCGACCCGGGACUCGGAGAUCUUUCUCGCCAUCCAGGCCAUCGCUCAGACGACUCCUGAGGGCGUGUUCGCAGGCGGGCCCACGAAUGAGAAGGAGUCACAGGUUGGAGAGUCGCCGGACGCAAAGGCAACAGAGGAGAUUUUGUUCGCCAUCUACCUGCACGACCCCGUGCAUGGCAUUGCGUUCCAGGCUCUGUCGCAGGCAGUGCCUGCACAAUGGCUCGAGUGGCUGGAUGCGCCCAGUGGUGGCGAGGGCACGCUGCCCGAGUCUAUCGAGGAGAUCAUGAGCAGUGGCGGCGUCGACCCCCGAGAAUGGGUCAGCGAGUGGAUCGAGGAGACGUUGAGUCUGGUGAUUGGCGUCGUGGCGCAGCGGUAUGUGGCAAGGCGAAUGGGUGUUGGCGAGGGCGGCGCGAGGAAGGGCAAAGAGGUCCUCAAAGCCGGCCCAGGGCAGGAGGACAUCGUCAACGCUGGCGGCGGCGAAGCGUCAAGGGCGCUGGGCGGUAUGUGA